AUGUGUGAAAAAAAAGGCUUAAGCCUUCCACCGAAAAAUGAUGAGCUUAGAAGAGAAGAAAAAGAGUCAUUAGAAGGUGAAGCUUUGACUCUGAGGCUCAAUUUCAAGGAUUUGGACGGUGUUGUUGAAGAACUUAGUGUUAGUUCCUCAACUGAGGUGGGGUUUGUUAAACUUCUAAUAGCUAAAAGUAAAAAUGUACAAGCAAAGAAUAUCCAAAUAUUAUACAACGGAAACAAUAUGAUUAAUCCCAUGUCUUUGUGUGACCAUCCAGGAGUUUCUCCACCUUCCAUUGACGUGGAUGUUUAUUUAAAUUCAGUUUAA